GUCUCCCCUAGGGAGAUCAGGUUCCAGUCCAGCACCAAUUGAAGCUCCAAGAGCUUCCAAGUUUCUUAGUCAUCAGGGGCUGACCCUCCACACGACCGUCCUGCAUCUAACAUUAUCCAACGUUACUUGACGUUGUUCGUUACAUUCACCAUGAGCCGAAAGUUUUUUCGCAUACUUUUCUUUCCGGAUGAGAUUCUACUGGCAGUCCUCUCUCACCUCAAUGAACCGGACGAUCGCCGUAACGCUGCUCUCACCUGCUCGCGAUUUCGGAGGAUUUUAAAGCUAUGUCCUCGUUCGUUGCACCUUGAAACUGACAAUGGUUUCGAGGCGUUUCGGGAGAACCUAAUAGAUUGCUCCGUGAAAUUAGGGUGUGUCAACGAUCUACGGAUGUACAAUAAGCAUACUAGAUUCAGCCGUAAUCUCAGACGGACACAACUCGGGGAUGAGCUUCUGGAAGCUGUCGCCUCGGAAUGUCCGAAAUUGGAGAGAUUCGUUGCGCUGGGAUGUGACAAUGUCAGCACGGCUGCGUGGGAGAAAUUUGGUCAAGAAAGCCGGUUUCUAAGGUCCCUCGAGAUUCACGGGUUCUACACAGCAGAGGCGGUCUUUCCUCCGCUUGAAUCCUUCACGGCUCUCCAGUCCCUGACUCUCAUCUGCAUGUCCUAUCCAAGGGACCCCUCGCCCAUCUGCCACUCCUCCUCUCUCACCUCCCUGACCGUCUCACACAUCACUGACGCCAUGCUGUGCACUCUCACCGCUGCAUCCUCCUCCAUUUCCUCACUCCAGUCACUGAAGCUGAUUCAUUCUGACGUCAGCUCUUCGCUCCUAACCCUCAGCUCGUUCACCGGCCUCACCACCCUCUCCUUCCAAUCCUGUGAUGAGAUCACACACACUGAACUGCAGUACUUGUCGAAGUCCAUUCACUCCCUUUCCGGGCUGGCAUUCGUCCAAUGCAAACACAUCACUGAAGAUGGUGUGAAGGCUGUUGUUGGCUCGAACCCUGCACUCCGCUCGCUCUCUCUCCAACUCUACCCGACCGCUUCCUCCACCCGAGACAAGAUCAAUGCCAUGCUGGAUUGCUGCCAGCAGCUGGAAACUCUCACCCUUACUUCGUUUCACACAUGUCAGCGUGUUCUCCUCACAGACCUCAGCUGUCUGCAGUCCCUCACUCUUGGUUCAUUCGAAGGCAAGCUGGAAGGCCUGGUCCGCAUGCUCGUUCGGCCCGAGGGUUGGGGCAGAAAAAAGUGGCUGCCGAAGGGGUGGGUUGCAAAGCCUGCGGUAGGGCGGUCAAUAUGGCAGGCUAAGCUUAGUUAUGCUGACCGUGUGAAAGCAAAGAUUGGAUGGGAUCUGGAUGACCCUCAGUCUGCAGAGCUGAUCCACCCUCCUCUCAAGUCGUUGACCCUUGAGAAGUUCUCUUUCUGCGGUCGUAACACCCUUGCCAGCAUGUCAGCUCCCUGUUCUGACCCUGCAGCCCGGGGAGCCCUUCCUGUCCCUGAAACUACGCGUUCAAGCAUUGAUGAAGCGCUGGGAGGCAUUCAGUGGCAAGCUGCAUUUAAGGAUCUGAGGAGCUUGACUCUGGACAACAGCUCUGCUCUUGGGGAAGGAGGUCUGGUCGCCUUGCUUCAGGCGUGCACUGUUUUGAAGGAGCUAACGAUUUGUCAGAAUGUGGAUGUUUCAGACACGGUUAUCCACAGCUGCCCUAUUGCAUCGCUCGAGCGUCUCACUCUCGUGCAGUGUGAGAGGGUCACUACUGCUGGAAUUGAUGGCGCUUGGGAGAGCUUCCCCAGGUUGCGAUGCCUGAGGGUGGAAGCAGGGAAGGUGUCAAGGAAGACUCUUCAGGCGCUGCUUAGGUUGAAUGUGAUAGUGAAGCGAGUUUGAUAUCUUAAGUAUUAGACGGCCCGAUUGUGAAGGGAAUGGCUGCACAAACUGGGUGUUUGGCAGUGUUGUCCUUCACGAUGUUUGAUUUGAAGAGGAGUUGGGAGGCACCGGUUGAUGGGGCUUGUGAGAGCGUCCCCUCCCCGUCCCAGGCUUCGGUAGUUGAAGGUGGAAGCAGGUAAGUAGUGUUGUCAAAUCAAGAUCUAUUCUUCCGGUCCUGCUGAGGAAAUGUGAUUUUGAAGCGAGCUUGAACCAUUGGCUGCAAGGAUGAGGUGCUUGGCUGCCUGGUUUGCCCGCGUUUGCUUUGUACAUUGUAAAGGUUUAUGG